GAGAGAGAGUGACUGAGGUGAGGUGAUGCAGCCGGCGUAUGAUGAACCUCUGACGCACAGAACUCGAUGCCGCCACGUGUCCGGCAAUGAUGUGAUGCGACGAUGCGAUCGUGCGGAGCACCACGGUUUAACUUUUCCGACAAGCACAAAAUCCUCAAAAUAUUUCUACUUCCCCUACCUGUAGCGAUCUUACCGUGUUCCUCUACUUCGCAUCAUUCACAAAACUGCUCCAUCAAACUCAGGUUCAGGGUAACGCAUUUCCACUGAAUCAAAACUCGAAACCGAUGCUAAUGUUGUUGUUCCUUUUUUCAUCUUCCUCAUUAAAGUAACAUGCAAAUUUCUCCAGUAACCACUGAUUGGGAAGUUUCAUCGCAAAGACCAACAUAGCUUUGAUUGUGGAAUUUUUUUGUGAAGAGGGAAAUGUCUUUCCAUAAUCAAGCACUUUGGAUGGGGAAGAGUCCUGGGUGUUUGAAUGACGAUGACAUGACAAAUGACAGUUUUUCUGGAAUUGAGUCCAAGCGCACUCAUCAGUGGUUCAUGGAUGGCCCUGAAGUGGAUCUGUAUCCCAAUAAGAAGCAAGCAGUAGAAGCUCCAAAUAAUUUAUUAUCUGGAAUGCUCAACUCCAAUAUUUCCUCUUGGGAAAAUUCCUCAGGAUUUCACUCUUUAAAUGGUCAUUUUACUGAACAAUUAUAUGUCCCAGAUCCAGUAACCAUGAAUUUUGAAGAUGCAAACACUCCCUCGGGUAGCAUAGAUAAUACACUGAGUGUGGAAAGAAAGGAUAGCAUGGAUCCCUUUGGAGGCGAGUCCUCAUUUGGUUUAUCCAUCUCAACUGCAUUAGAAGAUCCUCGUUUAGUUUUUAAUUAUGAUGGAUUUAGAAAAGUCAAAGAUAACGAGGUGAAGGAAUCUGAGAAUGUCAUGUCUGUUACUGCAAAUAAUCCCUAUGAUAGCAUAGUUAGUGAGACUGUGUCAAAUUCUUGUCUAUACAAGGAGAUCGAUAAGUCCAUAUCAACGAAUCUCACCUACAACAAAGGGGUUGCCAAUAUAAUAUCAAUGGAUGAUGCAUAUGGCAGGACAGACAACAAUUUCAUGUCGAUGAGUCAAUCCUAUAGCAAGGGAAAUGACAGCUUAUCUUUACAUCCAACAUUCAAUGAGAUAUGUAAUAGGAUAUCAUCAAUGGAUCAGGGCUUCAGUGAGGUGGACAGUAAUGUGAUAUCUAUUGCUCAAGCUUACAACAAAGUCCCGGACAAUUCUGUGUUAACUAACCAUUUAUACAAUGAGGCUGAUAAUGGCACUAUAUCAGUGCAUCACACCUACCACAAAGAGGGAAAUGACGUGCCAUUUGCUUCUCAUUCCUAUAAUAGAGGAGAGAGCACUAUCAUAUCCUUUGGUGGCUGUGAUGAUGAUGACACAACUCCCUCUGACUUGUUCAUUUCCAACUAUGAACUCCUGAUGUGUCAAGCACUUUCAAACAAGUCAGAAGCCGUGAAUGAGAAAGAUUUGCUUAGAUCUAGUUCUAGUUUACUUCCAAGUACAGCUCAUACAUCUGCACCUGAAACUGAAAACGUUACCAAGACAAAAGAGGAGAUGAAAAUGUCUAAAAAAGCCACUUCAAACAACUUCCCUUCAAACGUCAGAAGUUUGCUAUCCACUGGUAUGCUGGAUGGUCUCUCAGUGAAGUAUAAGGCAUGGUCACGGGAGAAGGAACUUCGAGGUGUUAUAAAAGGUGCUGGGUAUUUGUGCAGUUGCCAUUCGUGUAAUUUUUCCAAGGUUAUUAAUGCAUAUGAAUUUGAGCGACAUGCUGGAUGCAAGACAAAACACCCCAAUAAUCAUAUUUACUUUGAUAAUGGGAAAACUAUAUAUGGGGUUGUACAAGAGCUCAGGAGCACUCCACAGAGCAUGUUGUUUGAAGUUAUUCAGACUAUAACUGGUUCACCUAUCAAUCAGAAAUCCUUCUGCAUUUGGAAAGAAUCCUUUUUGGCUGCAGCAGGGAACUCAAGCGCACACGUGGAAAACAAGAAGUAAAGCAAUUGAUACAAUGGUGGAAUUGAGUUACAAGAUAGGACAACCUUUGUUGGUUUCAUAGGAGUAAUGUUUUGUUUUGAUACACCUUUUGCCGACCAAUUUCGCAAGUUUUGUAUCCUUUAACCAUUUGAGGAUAAACACGAAAAUAGUGGGGAACUCUCCAAACAAAAUAGAAUAUGUAUUGCAAAUUGGAUGUAUCAUGGUAGUAGCAUAUAGUAAGUGAAUUAAUUUCAUGAAGGUAAAUUGAUUUUGUUGUGAAGGUCUUAUUAAUACAAGAAAAUAUUCUGUGAUAUUCUCUUUCAUGUAUCUAGUGGGUUUAAUCGUCCUUUGACAGAUAAAGGAUUUUGUAACUUAUUGCUGCUAUUGCACCGUGAUAUCUACUAGCAAUGCAACAUUAUCUAUUUCCACAGCUUGACUACUACUAGUUAGUUAUAUACCUUACCUUGUUGAGAUGACUU